GUCUUAAUUUAAUAAAUCAUGAAUUCACUCAAAAUUUUAAGAUAGGACUUUUUAAUGUGUGCAUUUUGUUCAGGUAGCCUAUUUUAAGUAAUGUAAUAAUUAUGUCAGGGAAAGCAAUAAUUAUGUUAUAUUUUGACUAUUUACAAACACUGGGUGAAAUACGUAGGUGAAGGGUGAGGGCCUUAUCAUUGGUCAGUCUGGGGACAAACGUAUGAAGGCUAAUGAAUGGUUUUUUGGUUUGUAUGUUUUGUUUUAAAUUGAGUGGGGUACAAAUACACUAUUAAAUCUCUUCCGCACAAUAAUAACUUAAACACGACUAGGGCUACUCAAAACUAUCUAAACACUGUUUAUGUUUUAUUAGUCACCAAAACAUGUCAAUUUCUGUCCUCCCUCCAAAGCAAUGCCGCGACAAAAUACCUCACUUCCGGGUCUUCCGGAUGUUCCAUUUGGAUGCUUUUUCUAGACGACUUGUAUCGGUAGAUACAAACAUUAACACGCUGUGUAACAUACACAUAUGCGAACUGACAGGCGAGUACUGAUGAAUCCCUGUGUCUGAGAGCAUUCAGAGGGUUAAUGAAUAUGUGACUCCCGUGAGCCGUCCAGCCUGUCUCGCAUGGUCGUAGGUCAUCCCCUUCCUCUAGGGAACCAUGUCUAAUGAAUGGGGGACCUGGGGCAGCGAUGGAGGGCAAAGGUGGGGUGCAGGUUUUACAGUCCAAGGAGAGGUAGAUUUCACAAAGGAUCUUCAAAGAAGAGAAGAGUGGUCGGACAUCUCUGAAGACGAUAGUCCUGUUAUUUAUGCAGACAUCUCACGUUCAGAGGAAUAUCAUUACCAUGUCGUCCAGCCAAAGAGGACAGAGUUGGACAGCACGUCUUUGACCCACGAAACAUCUGUUGCUAUAGAUGCAAGUGAAGGAGUUCCCAACAAGGAUGAAACACCAACAGCAUCAAGCCUCCCAUCUCAAGAAGGGGUUGUUUGGAGGCAGCUGCAACAAGGUGACUCCCCUGAAGUUGCUUCAGAGAGCACUGAGUACCCAGUUGCAUCAUAUCCAUCAGUGUUCUGCCAGAUGAAGGAAGAAAAGACUGAGGGUUGUUCUUUGGAUGAUGGAGGAACUUUAGAGGAAGAGGAACAGAAGAAAAGCAGAGACGUGUCCGUUAUUCAACAAACAGUCGCUGCAAAAAAACACAAGGGGGACCUAUCCAAGAACGGCUAUCGCCAAGGCUUUGAACUUGAGAGGGAGGAAUCAGCAACAAGCAACUUGGCCAAUGGACCAUCAGCAAACCUAGAAACACUGGAAACAACUCAGAAGGGUCUUUUGUCACUGGAUGAACCUCAUGCACCAGACCCAUGCUCUUCAGGUCAAAAACACUAUAAUGUGAUGUUGCCAGUGCCAGGUGCUUCCAUGUCUUAUAGAGAGGGACAACCUGAGAGCACAGUAGAAUCUGGGCAUAACAGUGCCAUGACUUCAAGGGAACAAGGUGGGUCAGCUGUUACGGUUUUUCCCUCCAGUUCUGAGUUCUCAUUGGAACCCUUUGACUCACAGCAGUGUGAUGCAAACCCUGAAUGUAAAAACCUCAAUGUGCCAUCAGUAAAAGAAAUGUCGGUGUCUAGUAGAGAAUCACCUCCUACCAGAUCUGACGAGAAGAGGAUACUCGUGGCUGAUCAGCAUUUCUUGAAAGAAUGUGGAGAGGUAAACAGGCUUGAUAUGCCUGGUCAGGGAAGCGCAGAGGUUAUGCAGCAUCCAACUUUGGCAUUGGCAGGAAUGGACAGUGUGAAAGAUAGAGAUAGUACACAGUUAGGUAUGGGGCUUGUUGUAUUACUGAAGAAACCAAAACGGAAAGUUGGACGGCCGUUGAAGAAAAAAACCCUCUUAAAGAUGGCAAAACUUCUAAACAUAGCUCAAGAAUGGGGGGGAGACACUAAAGAUACACACUUGGGGCAGAAUGACAUGCAAAGACAGAAUGCCCACCUUGACUUUCCAAAUGAGCAAAGCCUUCCAUGUAACCUUAGUAUAUCUCCACUACCUAAAAGCCACAUUCAAGUCCCAAAAGUUAAUUCAUCCAAGUCUUUGAAAGCUCUUUUGGGAAAUUCCAGCCAACAUGAAGACUGUAGGAGUCGCCCCAAAAAUAUUGGACAGGCUACACGACGUAAAGCAAAAUCUAAGAAAGCGUCAUGCAAACAGGAAGGAACUCAAGAGUCAUUCAUUUUUAGUGUUCCUAAAGAUCCCCAGGUGGUACCAGAAACUGUGCUGGCUCAAGAGACCGGUCAGUCAGCAUCUCGCUGCCCAAAGAGCACCAAAAAAACACUUAAGAGAAAAACAUACAUGAAUAUAGAAGAGUGCAAAGAGGACAGCCUGGAGCAACCCACUGGUAGCCAAAGCAGAGGUAGGACAUUACUGCUGAAACCAGUACACCUGCCAGCAAUAGAUGACGCUCAUGCCAUACAACAGUCCUCUAAACCACGUAGGAAUGCCAAGAAAAGCUUGAAAGAAGAAAGCAAGGAUUUGAGAGACACUUGUGAAGAGAAAUGUAAUCUUCCCGUGAAAGAUUUUGUCCUUGACUCUCAGACCUCUGGAGCUGGUGUACCUCCACAUAUGCAUACAACAUUGGAACUGCCAAAGAAACCGCAAAAGAAGAUAUCCGCCAAGUCUUGGAAGGCCGAUCUUCAGGCAAGUCUUCCACAGCACAGUGCUGACCCACGGAUUAUCUCCCCACAGAAGGAGCUUGAAAAUACGAUUGUAAUUGAAGAGACAACUAAAAGAGCAAAUAAACGAGGCCGGGGUAGAAGUGCCCCUCCAAAGGGAAAAAAUACUGCAAAGGAUUAUAGAACUGAUACACUGAAUGAACCAGAAUUGCCAUGUGAAGAUAUGGAUGCAAAUGAGUUGCAUAUCAUGACACAUAAAGACACAAAUCACAGAGUAGUAAGUACUUCUGAUGUACAUGAAGCUGAAUGUAUUGAUACUGGUUUAGAGAGGCUUAGUGUUCCUAUGGAAACGCAAACCAGUGCAAAGGACCUGAGUAAACAGGGUAGAGGUCCAAAGAGGAAAGGUAACUCCAAGGCGAAGAGGAAAGUAACACCUAAAGGAAGUGCAGAGCAGAAUAACCCUUAUGAUCCAACUUCUAUGAUCGAAAAAACUGUGCUCCCUGAAACACACGGUUCUCCGAAGCUGUCCAAACAAGCACCAAAACAGAAUACUAAGAAAACAUCUAAAAAGAAGGCUGUUAAAGACAAAGGACAAGAUGGCAUGGCACAGAUAGACUCUUACGGCCCACCACUCAAAAAAGAUGCCUUGUGUUGCAAAGAACAUACUGGUCAGAGUCUCACCAUUUCACAGCCCCCAUUGAGAGAAAAGAAAGCAAGAAAGCGGAAAGCAACAGAUUAUGGAGAAAAUGGCUUGAAUCUGAAUAACUACAGUGUAGAGCAGAUACCCAACCCGGACACCUUCACAUUCAAUGAAUUAAACCCUUCCAUUCCACAACUUAAAUCAGUCAAACUAGAGUCUAACAUUGAGCCCACACCAAAAAUACAUGGAUGCAGUCGUCCCAAAAAAGCUUUGAAAAAGGAAAGAAAAAAGAAGGCCAAGUCCCUGGGUGCUUCACAGCCAGUUUUGAUAGAGGACUUUUUGUUAAACACAGACACUGUAAACCUCACAACUCAGGUUCCUCGGUUUACUUUAACAAAACAGAGGAGAUCACAUAAGAAAAAGUGUGAUUUAAAAGAGGAGAGCAAGUUGUCAGAAUUCGACAACAAUACAGCCUUACAAGGCAGAUGUGUCGUGCCACCACAAAAAACACAAGAAACCCCAAAAGGCAGCCGUUCCAGAAAGAAAGUUAUAGUUCCCAAGGUGGAGUCUGCUUUCCAGGACAUAGCAUUGAAUAUAAUGACUGCUGAAACAUCCCCUAAAACCAAUACCCCAAGAAAAAUGAAGGAAGAGGUGGUGAUGCUUAAAGAGGAACAUGUUGCAAAUAGAAGUUUUGACUUUGCAGAGGAAGAGUUUCAUGUUCCUGUCAUAAAAGUCACUUCCAGGAAUGACGUUUCACUUAAAAGGAUGAAGCCCAAACAGAGUUGCAUGAAGAAGUGUAAAAAAGAUACCAACAGCAGGACCAAACAGGCUGCAAAAACUGCUGGAACAAAAUCUAAAACAUCUCCGGAAAGACUGGAAAGCUUCAGCAACUCCCUGUCAGAAUUCCCUGUAAUAAAGCCUGAACCUUUUGCUAUGCCGCUUUCAGCCACUAAACCUGUGAAGAAACUCUCGAGCAGACGAAGAAUUCUAAAAUCCCCUUUGAAACAGUCAGAUGUAGCACUCAGUGAUGUACCGAAACUGAAAGAAAACAGCAGUGGUGAUAACAUUGAUGAGCAACAUGAUGGUAAAUGCACAGAGAUAAAACUGGAACAGGCAGAAUUUGCAUUGUCUGCAGUAGACAUCGGACAUCCUGCCCGUUUACAGCAGAGCUCUACAAUACAAACAGGUUCCUUGGCGAUGUUGAAACGAAAAGCUGGUAGACCAUUCAAGAAAAAGACGCUGUUAAAAAUGGCUAAGAUUUUUGAAAUAGUUCAGGAAGAUGGGUCUAAUUCUACAGAAACUUGUGGCAUCACUGACUGUGCUGAAAGAAUGCUUCUAAAAAACCAGCAUCGGCCACCAAGAGUGAAGAAAGAAAAGGAGACCAAACCAGUAGUCACGCCUACAAGAAGGUCACUUCGAACUGUUGUUUCUGGUAGGGCAGAGAGCAACCUUCAUUCUUCGUCAACAAUGUCCAUGGACAUUGAUCAGAAGGGAAAUACUGAUUCAUCAUGUUCAAGUACUUUAAAUAGACAGUCUUCGUCUGAAAAGUGCUUCAAUAAGACAUUAGCUUUAGACUCUAAUAAAACUGCAGUGGAUGAGACUGAUCAUCAGGAACCUCAGAAGGAGACUCAAGUUGAGACCACAGCUGUGAUGGCUCUGAAGGGAAAGAGAAAAACUAAAUCAUGGCAUACUAAGAAAAGAAAGGUGGGGUGGAGAAAGCUCUGUCAACAGUUGGCUAGUGUUACUGCUGCACAAGAGGAGGUCCUUCUUUCAAGUAAUGCAGAUGGUAACAACAUAGAUGUUUCAUGUAAGGUCUUAUCUCUCCCUGUGUCAUGUAAAGAGGAAGUACAUGAGCAUGCCAUUUUGCACAACUCAAACACCUCAAAGGCAGUAUCUGGAACACAGCUUCACACCCUGGAUGCCCUUUUAACUGGUUUAGAGAAAAGGUCCAAAUUAAGACCAUCCACAUUAACACAGAAGAAAAAAGAAAGAAGAUGUAGAAACGGGGAAACAACUUUGUCUUUAGUGGAAGAUGCUGGGGUCUCGUUGGAGGUUGCAGCUUUGCCACCCAACCAAGGGAGAGAUGAUGCUGAACUCCUUGCAGUGCAGUCUUUAACCAAAGUGAAACGGAGUGGUCGGACCUACAAAAAGAAGACCUCUGUGAAAAAGUCUAAGUUGAUGGCAGUUGAGCAGACGGUAUCUGAACUUAAGGAAUCCCAACUUCAAGCAGUAAGCUUGCAUUUUCCCCAAGACGUCACAAAGGUAAAGACAGAAGAAUGUGAGCAGUCAGUGUCAGUGGCACAAGCCUCAAAGUUAAGGAGGUCUUUACGUAGUUUAUGUUCAGCUCCAUUCUCUAUAGUUGACCAGGAGCAAAGUCAACCCACACAGAACCUUGAUGAGACAACACUGUCCUCCAAGUCUUUUGUUCUGGAAGCCAAAACGGAGAUGCUGAGAAACGUAUCCUGCAAUGAAAGGGAAGUGAAAGAUGAUGACCUUUCCCUUGAAAAACAAUAUGAUGAUUUAACCCUUCCCUGUCCAAAUGUUCAGCAAGCAGCCCCUAUGCCUGGACAGUUAAAGCGAAAGAAAAUAAGGAAGGGACAGAAGCGAAAACUCAGUUCUAGAACCUCUGGAAUAGUGGAAUCUGCCGAGAUCACAGACACAACAAUUAGUUCAGAUGCUUCCCUCACAGUUGCCUUCAACACUUACGACUGUCAAAGUACAUCUUUUGAACAUGAAAAUGUUUCGAUGAAAAGUAAAAUGAUGAUAGAGGAGCCUGUGAAAGGUGAAACUGAGGCACCUGUCCGACCAAAAAUGAAAAAAGGAGGCAAGGAGAAGAGGGCACAGAAUAAGACCUCAUCUGACGUCGAUUCAGAAAUGGGGAAUGUCAGCAUUCAUGAAAACCACACGAUUACACCAGAUUUGAAGAAGAAUCAUGAUCAAGAAUCAAGAAAAAUUGUGAACAGCUCAGAAGCCCCUCUGAGAAGAUCUAGCCGAGCCUCUAAAAUUCACUCACCUUUUCACCGCAGUGAAGAAUAUACAUCUGCAGUUGGUGAAACGACCUCCUUUCCUGCUAAAGACAGCCAAGAUGUUAUUCAAAGCUCAGACAAAACACUUCAUCCCUCUAAAACAAUCCCAGCUGUCCCUACAGAGGAACAAGUGGUGUCUGCUGUUUCUUCUGACACUGCUGAAAUAUCAGUCUCAGACAUAGGUUGUGAACCUGACCUAGAAACAAGAACACCUGUAGAUCGUGAGAUCACCCCAGCUCAAGAUUCAAGUCCACCUGUGAGUAAAACAGCAGAAGCACAACACCUAAUUGUGGAAAAGAAAAAGCGCCGUAGAAAAAAAAAGAGAAGGAAAUCAAAAACAAAAGGAACUCAUAAUGCUGUGCAAGUGAUUGAACAACCUGUUGUCCAAAAUAAAGAGGCAACUGUGAUUACAGAGGUAAAUGAGAAUUUUGCACACUAUAGACAGUUGAAUGGUUCUCAGCCUCAUGGUGAAAUAUCAUUUGCAUCAGAACCUCUGGAGGAUUCUGAAGUGGAAUCUCAUCCAACUGAUGGAGACAUUUUUGUAAAGACAGUUAAUGUCUUAGUUGACUCUGGCUGUCAAACAUCAGUCUCCCUGAAUAUGCUUUCCUCUUCUCAAGUAACAGUUCAAACAGUUGAUGGAUGCACACAGUAUUCUGAGGAUUCUGAGUGUAGAGAGCAACGAAUAAUAUCUAAAUUCCCAGCAGGUCAGAAUGUGAAACAGCAAUUAGCCAAAAAGGCAAGAACAUACAUUAUGUGCAGGUUCUGUGGACGUUCUUUUCGCCACAUCUCUGCAUACACUGUUCACCAGCGGCUUCACACGGGUGAAAGACCCUAUCAGUGUCAGCAGUGUGGAAAGAGGUUUGCCCAACUUUCGAAAUUAAAACUCCACAGGAACGUGCAUAAAGUACCAGGACUCAUACAGUGCCCAUGCUGUAGCCAGCGAUUCUCCAAAAAAGAACAACUUAUCUCCCAUUUUAAAGUUCACCUUCCCAAUGCAGGUCACAUCAGUUCAGAUGAGAAAAGUGGCCAGGCAUCCCACGCUAAACCUUCCGCUGGCCUGGCUAAUUUAUCGGAGGGGGUCUUUAACUGCCCUGUGUGUGGGAAAGACCUCCCCAGUGAGCGAAAACUGCACAUUCACAAGCGCACUCACAAAGGAGAGGGCCUGUCUUGCAAAGACUGUGGAAAGACUUUCAGCAAGCCAUCUAGCCUGAGCGCUCAUGAGAGAGUCCACUGGCCCCUCCAGCCGUAUGCCUGCUCAGUCUGUGGAAAGGGUUUCAGUAAACUGCAGGUACUGAAGAUCCAUUCUCUUGAGCACACAGGAGCGACCCCUUUCUUCUGCUCUCAUUGUGGCUACGCUUGCAAUGAUCUACCAACGCUGAGGGCACACCAGGCCUCCAGGGUUUGCUUUUCAAAGAAGCCAAACGACAUCGAGGGCUUCCUGGUCCAGAUGGGAGUGGAUGGUCAGGUGAAUACACCAAGCCUUUUCAAAUGCCACUUGUGCAAGAAACUUCUAAACCACUGGUGCCAGUACAUCCUCCAUCUGCAAACGCACACAAAGGCUCACCCUUAUCUAUGCGAUACAUGCGGCCAGAGUUAUGAGAGGGACUCAGAUGUAAGGGCUCACUGCAGAGAUUGCUGCAGGUCUAGUGGUGAGGAGAAGGCCUGCAGUGGACCCUUGUCUGACAUUUGGAACAGUCAAGAAACAGAGAAAAGCGCUCAGAUUUCUCAGGAGCCAGAUUCCCCAGAACAUAUGAACGAGCACUGUUUGAUUUUGAACGAUCAGUCAUUCGCCUCUCAAGACAAUUCUCCAGUCCGUCCAGACAUGCUAGGAGAGGACCUUCCCCAAAGUAAAAGCCCACAUCCAAUCCCAUCCUGUACGGAGGAUCCGGAUCCUCCCAGUCCUGGCAACUCUCAGCCACCUUCUCCUACUCGUUCUGAUGUUAGCAUUUUAUCCUCACAUCCAUCUCUUGACUGCUACGUUGUGUCCUCUAUUCGUGCCCGCACAAGGACUUCACACAAGAGGUUUGACUGUCAACACUGUGGGCAGACAUUUAGGCUGUCUAGUAUUUUACAUGCCCACUUGCAAACACACUUAUCUGGCAACAAGUAUACUUGUGGACUCUGUGGUCGUGUUUUUCAAAGGUGGCACCGGCUGUGGUUGCACCAACGCCUUCAUCAAGAGAAGGGCCGAUCCUUCUCAUGCUCAGAGUGCAACAUACAGUUUCGUUUUCUGAAUUUGUACAGGGAGCAUCUACGGGAACAUGCGGAGCACAGACCUUAUGCCUGUCCACUGUGCCUAGAAACAUUCCUUAGCGAAGGAAGCCUCAACACUCAUCAGUGUGAGAAUCACAGGCCCUGUCAAACACUAAAAUGCGAGGUUUGCGGAAAGGGUUUUUCCAGUUUGAGAAACUGGGUGAAACACAGUCUGCUUCACAAUGGUCGCAGUUCCCACAGUUGCCUCCUGUGCAAUCAGUCAUUCUCCAACAACCGUGCCCUGCAGGAUCACUUGAAGAAGCACAACAACGACCUCCGCUUCCCAGCAUCUGAAAUUCCGUCAGAGCCUCUUCUGUUUCCGCAUCAAUGCUGGAUGUGUAAUGCCAGCUUUUCAACUGGAGAGCUGCUCUAUGCUCAUCAGAUAUGCCAUGCUGUUGGGGGAAAGCCUCCAGCCAGGCCAAGGGGUGCCCCUACUGGCCACAGAACCACCAAUGGUGUCAUGAGGACAAUGCCCCCACCCACUGUUCCGGAGCCUUCUUCUGUUCCAGAACCAGCUGCGCCAGAACAAGUUCCUGUUCCGGAGAUCAGAGAUGAAAGCUUGUUUGUCUACGCCCAUCCUGACAGCCUCUAUGUAGUACCAGACCCCUCACCACCACCGCCUCCUCAUACCCACUCCUUUUCAUGGUCCGGUGGUCUGUCUUCAUCCCAAGCUACAAACCUCACCUCAUCACAGCAGGUUAUUGUCCUGGAUGAGGAGGUUAACCUCGGAGACACGGCAGACACCAGCCAAAGUGCUCCUGGCACCAGUCAAACCAUUCCCAACUCCAGUUCAAAUGAAGAUGGAAAUCUACCUCAAACCAGUAGCCAACAAAGCAUUAAUAAGUUGCUGUCAGGGUCAACCUCAUCCCCAAUCCAAGCAGGUUCUUCUGCUAGUAGUCUUCGAGACGAACCGACUCUUAGCCUCCAGGUCCAACACACACUCCCUCCCAGACACAACAAGUCCAAAGAUGCUGGCAAAAGUUUCUCAAUCACUGUACAACUACAGGACACAAGGGGCUUUGAAUGUGCUGAUUGCAAUAUAUCCCUUUCCAGUGUCACACAACUACAUAAACAUUACCUAAAACAUGCUAAAGGAGUGCUGGGAAAAAUUCACAUUUAAAAGUUUUUUGUUACUUUAUUAUAUACAUUAAAUUGACAGGUUGAUUUCAUUGUAGUGCCUAUAACAGACUUGUUUUCUGAAUACCUCAGGUAGCAGUACCAUCACUUUAACAGCCUAUUGAACUUAGUAUCAAUAACGAAUGUCUUUUUUAUGAGUGUUUAAAAUGAUAAAUGAUACAUGUUUUCAUUGUUAUGUUUAAAACUGUCCACCAGUAUAAGCCUUCACAGUGUUUCCUUGAUCUGCAGUUUUUUCCUCAUUGAAUGUUGUAAUACUACUCAAAUAUAUAUUUUUUAUCAGUGGCUUCACAUUUGCCGUCCUAACAUGUCUACACUGUAAUCACUCUUGUCAUGUCCGUUUUUUUUUUAUCUUCUAUUUAGGCCUUUAAAACUACUGCCCCAUUGUGGGUGCUGCUCUUGCAAAAGAUGUAACACGCAUUUAGGUUGUAUCAUUCAUAUGUAAAUAUCUGCGAUGUCACUAUUUUUUUCUAAAAUUACUGGGAAACCUGUAUGUAGACAUUGCAUAUACUGUCAACUGUGUAUUCGAUUCCUACAAGCUGCAUUGAGAAGUGUCUUUUUCUUAUACCUUGUAUACAGCGGACUGUAUCGUAGAAGUAGCAUUUCCAGUUAUGGCCGCUUUUCUUUUUUUAUACCCCAUCAGCAAUGUGAAGCAUAUCAAUUCCAAUGAAAAAAAAAUUAAUGUUGCAGUUAAAUGUAAGACUUCAUCUGAUCCACAGAAAUGCACAUACAUAUUUACCGGUCAACAAAUCUGAAACACAACUGUUACCGAUAAAUGUACAUGUACAGUCUUCUAAUUUCUUGUCACUUCGUCUACUUUAAAACUAUUUUAUAAAUAAAGUGUAAAAUAGUAACUCUGUUGUAUUUGAAGCACGCUCCAUCAGUUGCCAUGUCUGGCAUCAUCAUUCUCUCAAGUAUUCCCCUAUUACACCUCUUGAGGCACUCCAUACCAUAUCAAACCACAAGGAAGAGUACCAGUGAUCGCAUGUAGGUCUCAUCCUUACAGCAGUACCAACUGACUGAUUUCCCAUUGUGUCCUGACUGAAUAAACAAGGUCUGACACUAAAAUGCCUUUUGCAGGAUGGGCCAUGAUCUUAAUUUUGUUUACAGCAUGGCUUUUGAAUCUGGAUGGUUCUUAUCGGUCAGGCAAAUGUACCACAGAAAAGAGGAUGGUGCCACUGCACUUUGUUCUCAGGACUGGGUAAUCUUAAUGGGGUGUAAUGUUACUGGUUAAUCUUGAGUCAGUGUUUCAAG